AAUAUCUCUAUAGUUACCACCGGUAGUAAUGCAACUUUUUAUGGACCAGGUGGGUUUUGUUGUUACCUGUAAGGCCCUACCGAGUAUAGUUGCCUAUUUUGCAUCUAUUUAUCAGGAACAAUGGACAUCUCUUUUAGCGGCAUUUUUUGACCACUCAAAAAUACUGGUGCAGACGGAUAAUAUCUGGUGUCAAAGAUCGGAUAUAUCCCCACAUAGUACAAAUAUAGAAUUAAUUUUCAGUACUAACUCCAUACUGAUAUUUUUAUCCGUCUUAUGUUUAAAUUAUAUAUAUUUAAGUAGUUUCUAGUAGCUCGU